UCAAAAUUUCCAAUAACUGUAGUUAAUAUUCUGCUUAAAGUUUAGUGUAAGAUUUCAAAUUAUAUUAUUAUUAAGAAUUAAAAUAAUGUGACGCUUUGCGUUGAUUUUACUUUUAGUUUUAUUACCAAAUCAGUAAAUAAUCUAAGCAAUACUUUGACGUUCAUAACUCAAUUUUGAAUCAUAUUAUUCACAUUGUCAGUGAGUGGACCUAAAAAUUGCCAAGAAAGGAUGUUUUAAGUUAAUCCUCUAAAAAGAAAAUGAUGAGCAGAGGAGCUAAAAGACGUCUCCCAGAUGUUUAUAAGAAGAAAAAGAAGGUUUUCUGUGUUUCUAAUGGAAGUGUCAAAGAUGAUAAUACUUUUAAGGAACAAGAAAGUGCACAGAAAGUGGACAUGUUUGCUUCAUCUGAAAUUUAUAGUGCAGAUAUCCCAAAUGACACUGAGGCUUCCUUGUUUUUCCUGAAGUCUGUUUUCCCAGUUGAAAGUUUUGAAGGGCGACUCCCACCGAUAAUCCUCAAACAUCAGAUUUAUACCAUUGUAAAGAACAAAACUCUGGUUGAUAAACAAGUGAAUGAAUUAAGGGCAAAAAAUAAAAUCAGACUGUUUAAACUUGGAGCUGAUGAAACAGAAACCGCCAUAGUUUUUUUUGACGAUUUCAAGAAACAUGUGUUAUCCCAUUCAGAUGGCUCUGAACUUAUUGAAAAUUUUCUGUCGCAGAUUGUGGCCUCGUGUCCUGACAUCAGCUAUAACAAGAACUGGCUCCAGGAGGAGAUGAAGUUUCAGGAGGAGGAUAUAAGUAAGUUGAUGCAUUUGGGGUUGCUGAAUGCUCGAGAUAUUGGCAGUUGGUGGUUGGCUAUUCCCCGAGCUGGGGAGUUUAUGAAGGCCUUUCUCCGGGGUAGAAAAGCUGUUCUUCAGGCUCUACGACGUAGCAAGUACAAAGAACUUUUUCAAGCAGAACUUGAGAGUCGUAAUCUUCCUAAGGAAGCCAAGUUAGGCAUGAAAUAUCAUAUUUUUGAUAUAAUAGGAGCAGAAUUUGUCACAUGCAUUUCAACAUCAUCUGGGAAACUUCUGAGAUUGAGAGACUAAUUGGACUAAAAUUGGGAGAUUGGUUGGACCAAGAUUGAAAAAUUAACUGGAUUAAGAUUGGGAAACCAAUUGAAUCAAUAUUUAAAGAUUAAUUGGACUAAUAUUGGGAAGUUAAUUGGACUGAGAUUCGGAGACCAAUUGAAUCUAGAUUCAAAGUUUCAUUGGACUAAGACUUGGAGUUGGAUUAUAAUAUGAAAUUAACUGGACCAAGGUUACGAGUUUGAUUGGAUCAAGAAGGAGCAUUGUUCAAUUGUGUUCUAGUGUGGUUAUGACCAUAUGUAUUGCCAUGGAAGUACAAAUAUGUCCAGCUCAAAGAAAGGAAAACCUGGAAAUGUAAUGAGAGUUUCAUAUAUUUAAUUUGAUAUGUAACACCCCAGUUGAUUUUUAUAAUAAAGCAUGACUUUGUUACUUUACUUAGAACAUAGAAAACAAUAAAGUCUUUAAACUCUCAGUUA